AUGCAUAGUGCUAAAAUCGCUUGGAAUAAUGUUUGUAUGCCUAAAGGUGAAGGGGGCUUAGGGUUUAAGGAGAUGGGGGUCUGGAAUAGGGCGGCUAUCACCAAGCACGUUUGGUUCUUGUUCUCUGGAGGGGAAGGGUCUAUGUGGUGCCAAUGGGUUAAGUCCUACUUACUUAAGGGUAAGAGCUUUUGGCAUAUUAAGAUGCCUAGUGACCCCUCAUGGGUUUGGAGGAAAAUUCUGUCUCUUAGAAAAAAUAUCUUCCCUCUUAUCAAGUUUAAGAUUGGUAAUAGGGAGAAGGUGUUUCUGUGGUUUGAUAAUUGGCAUCCUUUGGGUUCUUUAUGGGAUAGGUUUGGGCAUAGGAUUAUGUAUGACACGGGUCUUCCUUUCAAUUCCAAAGUUAGUGCUGCCAUAUCUAAUAAUGAUUGGAAGUGGCCUAUUGAUAACUCUUGGGAGAUCAAGGAGUGGAUUUCUUCUACUCCUCUUAAGCUUAAACCUAGUAGGGAUAUCCAGGAUUGUCCUGUCUGGAACCUGACUGUGGAUGGGAAUUUUACCAUACAAUUUGCUUGGGAUUGUUGGAGGGAUAAGGGUACUAAAGUGCCUUGGGCUAAUCUUGUUUGGCCCUUCCAUUCCUAG